CUGACUUCGAAGGGUCCGAAUGUAGAAGAUUGGAAAGAAAUUACAAUCUCAGAAAAAAAAGUGGUGUUAAUCUGUUUUAACUGAAAUAACGGUUAUAGUUUCGUCCAUUCAUUCAAAUACAGCCAACUCUCCCCCAGCGGGGAAUGGGCUUUCCUCACCCUGCUUUCUACAUGGCAAGUAGUAUACGCAGGAAUUCUAUUUACAUUUUUUAAAAAUCAUCAAGAAUCAUGCUCGAGCUAUCUAACACCAGUGGGAAUGUCAGGAACUAGACUCACACAUCACAAAAACAAAUUCUAAUUGCAAAGGAUAUUGCUUCUUCACAAAUCUCCAGAUAAUCUUUCGAAAUGCCGGAGCAAAGUAAUGAUUACAGGGUGGUUGUAUUUGGAGCUGCAGGAGUUGGGAAAAGCUCUUUAGUCCUCCGCUUUGUUAGAGGGACUUUUAGAGAAACAUACAUUCCAACAGUUGAAGAUACAUACAGGCAGGUAAUCAGCUGUGACAAAAAUAUCUGUACACUACAAAUCACGGACACUACAGGAAGCCAUCAGUUCCCUGCAAUGCAGAGGUUGUCCAUUUCCAAAGGCCAUGCAUUCAUUCUGGUGUAUGCUGUGACCAGCAGACAGUCCGUGGAAGAACUGCAACCCAUCUAUGAGCAGAUCUGUCAAAUCAAGGGAAACGUCCAGAAUAUCCCCAUCAUGUUAGUAGGGAACAAGACGGAUGAGACUCAGAGAGAAGUGGAGUCAACCGAAGGGGAAGCUCUGGCCACAAAAUGGAUGUGUUCUUUUCUGGAGACCUCGGCCAAACUCAAUUACAAUGUGCAGGAACUGUUCCAAGAGUUGCUUACUUUGGAAAAGAGGAGAGCAGUCAGCCUUCAAGUGGAUGGGAAAAAAUCCAAACAAAAAAAAAGAGACAAACUGAAAGGGAAAUGUUCCCUGAUGUGAAAUAUCAUUUUAUUAAGCCAUGUCCCCUGCAUGGUACACCCAGGCAUGGAUUUAAUAGACUCCUGUACAACAUGGUCUACAUUUGCACAGAAUGUCUCAUUUUCAAAUAACCACAAAUCAAUUGAAAAGUCUUAAAGCAGCUGUACCAUCAAUGAGGCAAAAUUAAAUACCAAAUCUCUCCAAUGGAUGGAUUACCUCAUAAGCUUUGAUUGUUGUUUAGAUAAAAAAUAUGUCUCUUGCAUUUUCAUGUUUAAAUCAUUCUUUCCAAUGGGGAUGGUUAAUCCAACAAAAAUAUAUUAAAAUGUAUCUGUGCAAAUUACCAGCAAA